AUGAAAGCGAUCAUUCUGGUGGGUGGCUACGGGACGAGGUUGCGGCCACUGACCAUCGACUGCCCGAAGUCGAUCGUGCCGUUCUGCAACCGGCCCAUGAUGGAGUACCAGAUCGAGGCCUGCGCGGAGGUGGGCGUGAAGGAAGUCAUCUUGGCAAUAAACUACCAACCUGAGGCCAUCACCGCCCACAUCGGCCGGUUGGAGGCCAAGUACGGCCUGCGUAUAUCUGUCUCCCUCGAGAAGGAAGCCCUCGGGACCGCGGGGCCCAUAAAGCUGGCGGCAGAACAGUUGCGGCAGGACAACCCGGAAGGCCUGUUCUUCGUGUUCAACAGCGACAUCAUCUGUGACUUCAACCUCGGCAGGCUGAAGGAGGAGCACCUGAAAUCGGGCGGGGAGGCCACCAUCUACCUGAAGCAGGUGGACAACCCUAGCCGGUUCGGGGUGGUGGUCUGCGACAAGGCGGGCAAAGUGGAUCGCUUCGUGGAAAAGCCGCAGGAGUACGUGGGCGACAGGGUCAACGCAGGCAUCUACUUGCUCAGCACUGCUGUGCUGGACAAGAUCCCCCUGCGCUUCUGCAUGAUCGAGAAGUAGACUUUCCCGUAGCUGGCCUCAGCGGGGCUGCUGCACGGGCGCACGCUCGAGGGGUUCUGGCGGGACAUCGGCCAGCCUGCAGACUUCCUCCUGGGUCAGCGUUAGUACCUGACCUUCCUUGUCAGCAAGAAUAGGCUUGAAAGCACCUGCCUGGUUGAUGCUGCGGCCACUGUCGAGGAGGGCGCAGAGCUGGGGGAGAACGUGGUGGUGGGGCCGGGCUGCGUGGUCCGAAGCGGGGCCAGGCUCUAG